GCAUUAAAGUUUCUGCAAGCAGUUCAAAUGGCGGCUCUCAUGGUCCUGCUUGCUGCCAUGCCGUGUUUGGGUUCCAUGUUUGAGGCGGCCGAGGGGACGCCGUGGCUGUGGCCGCCGAGCGGCGGCGACGACCCCUACUGCCUGAGCUGGCGGUUGAUGGUGGAGGCCAACAACGCCAAGGGGUGGCGCACGGUGCCUGCGCCGUGCGUCGGCUACGUCCGGGGCUACAUGGCCUGGGGCCAGUACUACCGGGACGUGGGCGGUGUCGCGGACCAGGUCGCCGCCUACGCCGCCCAGAUCGCGCCCGCCGCCGCCGACGGCCUGGACGCGUGGGUCCUCGACGUCGACGACACGUGCCUGUCCAAUCUGCCCUACUACCAGGCAAAGCAGUUCGGGGCGUAUGAUCCGGCGGCGUUUAAGAUGUGGGCGAGCAGAGGGAUGUGCCCGGGGAUACCUGCAAUGCAGUGGCUGUUCCAGGCGCUCAAAGGCAGAGGGUUCAGGGUCUUCCUUGUGACGGGGAGGGAUGAAGAAGCUUUGGGCUUGAGCACGGCCGCCAAUCUGGCCGCGGCCGGGUUCUCGGGCUACGACCGGCUCAUCACCAGAGGUGCUGGUUACCGUGGGCAGAGCUCGGUGGCGUUCAAGUCGGCGGUGCGGAAGCAGCUGGUGGAGGAGGGCUACCGGAUCCGAGGCAACGUCGGCGACCAGUGGAGCGACCUGCAGGGCGACUGCGUCGGGGACCGCGUGUUCAAAGUGCCCAACCCCAUGUACUUCGUCCCGUGACGACUCGCCAAAACUUGCUAGUUGCUCGCAGAUACUGACGAAUUCCGGCCAAGCUGUGCACCGCGGCACGGCCUGCCUGCAUGGGUCAGGUCAUCACGAAAGGCGUGCGUGUGGUCUGGGCACGUAGGAUUGCUUUGUUCGCUAGCUACACGUGGAUGGACGGAUGCAGCCAAAAGUACGAACGUUCCUUCUGGCCCAAAGACUGACCGAAGCAUGCUUCAGAUUUGUUCCCCUCGCCAUCUA